AGCGAGUCGAGAGAGUCGGCGGAGUCAACCAUCUGCUUCGGGAUGCAUCUUGCAUACCCAUUCGAGGAUGCCGCGGCGACCACCAGCCAUGAUGCACCGGUCUUGUCCCCCGAGAACGGUGCUGGCGGCUCGGCGCCACAGGAUACUCUUCGAUACUAUGUCACAGCGGCGGUCAACACGACCUUAGUGACGCAAUGCGCGCAGGAACUCUUUUCCCUGUUCAUUUUUGCCAUCGCAGCCAAUAUCACCAAGGUUGGCGGGAAGACGACAAAAGCGCCCCUCCAGAGCGGCAGCGUGCGGGUGUGGGAUAACACGCUCCUCACAGCCAUUGCCCAGCAAGCCGUCGAAGCCAAGCUGGCCCCAACCCUGGAGAAGGCCCUCGCGCUGGUCAUUCCCGCCUUUGCACGCCAUAACCUCGUGCCCGUAACGCCGCCUCUCGAAGCUCAAGAGGAAGCAAAGAUGGGGACGCGCAGACGGUGGGUGUCUUCUCGGUAUAGUAACAGUAAGUGCGAGGAAGAGAUCAUACUUAUGGAAUGCAGCCGUAGGGGUUGAGGGUCCUGUCGGUGGGAGAGGUGCUCCUUUGUUGCGCUAAAAAGCUUUUGUCCAUUUUUCUCCUUUUCCACUGUUUGCAUUUCUGUUUCCGUCUGUUUCUGAGUGCACUUCAUGGCGUAAUCACGCGUAUCAUACAGAACCGUGUAAUCUGUACUGAGAUAGUGUCACGAAAAAUACAUGCAGCCCCUCUCUCACACGACACCGUUCCCCCGACAAACGGCUCACGACGCCGGUAAAACUCUCCAACAAAAACGGAAACAGUGAAGUUAUUGACAAAGUGCCCAUCGAAAGAUGCCUCUCCCAACUCUUACCACGCUCGCCCAAUGGGCAGGCAUCGCCAUGCCGACCCUCUACGCCGGUAUGCACCUCCGUCCCCUUGUCCCUCCUCACCCACUCCCCAA